AUGGAGGUCACAGACAGCUCAAGCAUUUCAAAGCUCAUCGCUGACUAUAUCCCGGAUAUGAGCCGCUAUGAAGCCCUGUACCGGACACUUCAUACUAAUCCGGAGCUCUCACUUCAGGAAAAGGAGACUGCGAACGCUGUAGCGACGUGUCUGAAGACGUUGCUCGGGUUUGAGGUUCGCACUCAUAUCGGCGGGUACGGCGUUGUCGGUAUCCUCAAGAACGGUCCCGGGCGAACCGUUCUGCUGCGGGCAGAGUUGGAUGCUUUGCCCGUAUUAGAGCGCACCGGUCUCGAGUUUGCGAGUUCAAAGAGCGUUCUGGAUCUUUCCGAUAACAUCGUCAAGCCUGUUAUGCAUGCAUGCGGCCACGAUCUGCAUAUUGCCUCUCUUUUAGCCGCCUCAGAACUUCUAUCCAAAAGCCGCGGGUUUUGGAGUGGUACCAUUGUCGUACUAUUUCAACCCAACGAGGAACGAGGUGCCGGUGCUCAGGCUAUGGUCGACGAUGGCCUAUUUGACGCCACGAGACAUCAUAUCCCAAUACCGGACGUGGCUUUGGGUGGCCAUGUGAUGCCCAUGAAAGCAGGAACGAUCAAGACUCGGAAGGGAGUGAUGGGCAGCGCAGCCGACAGCCUUUUGGUGACUCUCUAUGGCCGUGGUGGGCAUGGAAGCCGUCCACAUACUGCUGUCGACCCUGUGGUCUUGGCCAGCAGCACGGUAAUGAAGCUUCAGACUAUAGUAAGCCGCGAAACCGAUCCACGCGAGACCGUGGUGGUCACAGUUGGGUCCUUGCAUGCGGGAUCGGCCGCGAAUAUCAUCAGUGACGAGGCCGAACUUCAAAUCAACAUCAGAACCUUCAGCUCGCAAGCAAGGCAGAAAGUGAGAGAGGCUGUUGAACGCAUCAUCGACGCAGAGUGCAGAGCCUUUGGCAGCCCCAAGCCGCCACUAAUUCGGCACAUCGGAUCAUUCCCGCUGCUUUAUAAUGAUGAAGCCGCGACUGAGGUUGUGUCGAGGGAGAUGAAGAACCACUUUGGCGGAAAUUUUGACACAGACGCGACCAUCUCCACGGGUAGCGAGGACUUUGCCAACUUAACAUCUCCCUUGUCAAUUCCGAGUGUUUUCUGGAACUAUGGCGGCAUUAACGCCCAGCAGUGGGACAAUGCAGUGCAGAAUGGAAGGGUGGAAGACAUCCCCGGCAACCACAGCUCCUUCUUUGCACCUGUGAUACAACCUACUCUGAUGACUGGGACUGAGGCAUAUGCUACAGCAGCAUUGGCGUACUUGAUAUGA